AUGCACCUUCAGGGCUGCGAUCCUGCAGUACAGACCUUUCUGGGGCUUCCCAUCACCCUCAGGGGAAAGCCCAGCGCCCGGCCUGCCUUCCAGCCCCGCGCCCACCACACACACCUUCCCCGGGACACAGCCAGGUACGUGCCAGCUGGGGGAAGACACAGGAGCCUCUCCAGGCAGCUGGGAGCUGCCAGUCAGGGCCCACUGGCCACGGGCUUGAGCUGCCCCAGGCGGCAUGUCCUGCUCUCGGACCUUCAGGGACACGAACCCCUCUCGUCCUGGCAGAGAUGCAAGUCCAUGGCUCCCUCACUCCAGCCUCCCCUGUCCGACCACGUUCUGGAGAUGACCCCGCGAGGGACCCCCGGGGCUGGAACCCACGGGGCAGAGAGUGUCAGAGGCGUCAGCGGUGCAGACGGCGCUGGCGGCCCAGCUCCGUUCCCGUGUGACCGCCGACCUGGAGCCAGUCGCCAGACCUCGGCCUCCCCGCUGAUGGAAUGGGCAACGGAGGCGCCGCGAGGGGAGGAGCGCAGGGUCCCCAAGGGUCCCCAAACAGCCGCAAGCCCUCCGCCCACCCCGCCCUCGCCCCUGCCGGCGGGGAGCGGGCUCCUCUUGAGGUAUCUCUACGCGCCCUGGGCGGCGGACCCGGGUUGCAGGAACCGCGUCUCUACCAGCCAAGAAAGCUUUGGGCGGGCGCGCCGCCGAGGGGCCCGCGGCCGGCAGAGGCGGAGGCAGGGGAGCGGUGAGGACCGAGGGGCGGCUUUUAACGAAAAAGUUGAAUCAUCAGCAAAACCAUUAGGACUAAUGCGAUGUGUACAGGCUGCGGGAUCAAUGCCGGGCCUUGAGGGUCGCGCUGGGGGUGGGGAGGGGGCGGCCGGGCCGACCGCCCCUGGACGAAGCGAGGCUCAGCUCCCGCCCAUUUGGGGAAAUGGAUUUUCACGAUUUAAGAAAACUCGGAACCCGAGCGAGCGAGGCCCGGAUGUGCUGACGCUGCGGUUCCCGGAGCUGGAGCCCCGAGAGCGGCUCCGGGAAGGGGGGCAGCGAGAGGCCGAGAAGCGGAAAGAGGCAGGGGGCGCGGGGGGCGGGGAAUCAAAGCUGCGCGCGGUGACCUUAGGCAGAACCAACCGGCAGUGA